UAUUAUUGAAAUAAUUUCCUUGUGGAGUUCAGUCUUCUAAUGACUGGCCUCGAUUGUCGGAGCGAUUUAGUGGUGCGUGUUUGCAUGCGGACACUUGUUACCCGCGCUAUCAGACACAACGGCCACCAACGCCUAUAAAAACGACAACAAUCAACAGUGAUUAGUCAUCGAGACAAUUCUCCGCGUGCAGUACUGUAAAAUACAUACAGCACACAUGUCAUUUUCCAUUCGGUAGCCAAAGGAGCCCUGCUGGUUGCAAUCAUCUUGGGUUCUUGACUUAAGUGAUGGACGGGUGAAUCAAAAUCUGCAAUAAAUAAACACUCAAGGAAAUCGACAAGGCCGGUAUAAUGAAACUAUCCAUUUUAAUGGAUAAGUCAUGGUGCAGACUUUGCGCACCGGUUCACUUGCAAGUGCUAAGCUGUGAGAGUGCUCCAGACGGGUGGAUCGCUCUGCGCAACACGUCUAUGCCGAUGGUUUGUCCAGGAAUGUCACAUCAAGUAUCGAGCCAUCCAUUAUGUUUGUCUGAUUGUUAUGAGAGGGUUCCUGUUUAAACAUGAUCAGAUCACCUCAAGAAUGCAGCAGAUCGCGGCGUGGCGUUCAAGUCUACAAGAAGGGAAGAGCUACUUGAAGAUCUACAGUUUCCAGUUUGACUUGGCGUUGUCACCAUACAUCAACAGUCAGAAAGAUGUAUCUGUUAGUGAGUUCAUGGUAUAAACGCCAAGUAAAAACGGCAUCCGAUAAGUUGAAUAACUCGAGUUACGUCUGGAGAUAGAAAUAAGUCUCGAUCUUACUCGCCCUGGCAAGUUGGAUCGCCUAAACGUUUCGAAGGACUUUUCGUAAUAAUGGCGAACGAAACAUUAAUAUCCGAAAUGAAUACAACCUCAUACGACAACACCACGUCUUCUGAGAGGAUGAUUAUUAUUUACCAACACUAUUUUGAGAGGCAGAUUAUCGCAGCUUUGUUCAUCAUGGCUGCCAUCGUAGGAACAACGGGCAAUAGUCUGGUCAUCAUAGCCGUAGCCUUGUCCAAAAAGCUCCGUACUCCUACCAACGUCUUCGUGGUAAAUCUGGCCAUAGCGGACCUGUUGGCGUGCACGGCCCUUCCGUGGCAGUCCCUCUCGGUACUUCACGAGGACGGCUGGCCGCUGGAGGAUGCUUACUGGAUAUGUGUGGCCUCUGCCUCGGUCUUGAUCACCUGCGGAACUUGUAGUAUCAACAACCUCGCCCUGAUUGCCGUCACUCGUUGGGUGGGGAUCACCAAACCGAAACACACCGCUCACAGGAUGCGAUCCCACCGUACGCUCGCCGUGAUGGUCGCGCUAACCUGGCUCAUUCCGUGCGGCUGUGUACUCGUACCCCUCGUCUCCGAUUUCGGCGAGUUGGGCUACGAGAAGAUCUACAGUCUCUGCUCCUGGGACACCAGCAAUCCAUACUCCAUGUACUUCAACAUCCUCCUGCUUGCUAUUGGCUAUCCGGUUCAGUUCGUCACGAUCAUCUUCUGCUACACCUCCAUCUUCGCUUUCGUCCGCAGAAACAACCGCGAGAUGACCAUGGCCUCAAAGCAGCGCGCCCCGAGCGUGUCCGCCAAAGUCAGCGCCAGCGUUAGCACCACGAGUCUCCGCAAGAAGUUGUGGCAGAGGAAAUUGGACGUUACCAAAAACCUCGUGUACAUCGUGCUGGCCUUCGCAGUGUCACAGACGCCGUACUGUGUGGUGUUGCUGUUGUACACCGAUCUCAGUUACCGCCUUACACCCUACUUUGCCGUCAUUCUCUUCUGUAACUGCUGCGUGAAUCCGAUCAUCUACGCAACGUCCCAUCCCGAUUUUAAGGAGGCCUUUAGACACAUGAUAAAAUGCAGACGGAGGGAGAUACCACAGUCUUAUCAAAGGAACGGACAGCAGAAACACCAACUUACAUCCGACCAAACUGAAAGCAAUGACAAGCUGUGAUAAUUACGCAGCAGCAUUGAAAACUGAUGAAUGCGGUGAAAGUGGUUACUCUUUAAUAGGAAAACAAACGCCAUCUUGCAUCUUACCAAACAUGAACUUUUACAGGCUGGAUAAAAAAACAACGAAACCGAGAUAUAUUAUUGCUAAUUGGAACAGAAG